AUGGGAUCGCUGCCGUUAUCGGAGCCGUUACGAUGGCCGUACGCCGAAUUCGACGAAAAAAUAUUCCAAAUCCACAGCCGACUGCGCUUUUCCAUCGUCGUCGUCUGCUCCAUCUCCAUAAUCGCCACAAUAAUCUUCUUCUACACGCGUUGGAUAUGUCGUUUCAGCGCCUCGAAUCCGCCGGCGCCUUCCGAUUCCGCCAUCCGUCAUUUCCCGCCGGAACCAUCGCCGCGCAGAGGACUGGACCUCGCCGAGAUCGAGAACAUGCCGAUCGUUUUGUACAGAAACCUCUCCGCCGGCGGCGGCAAAUUCCACGAAGCAGAGUGUUGUAUAUGUCUCGGACUAUUUUCGGCUAAGGAGAAAGUAAAAGUGCUUCCGCCUUGCCGACAUUGUAUUCACUCCGAGUGUUUGGAUAAGUGGUUAUCGACUCAAUCGAGUUGCCCGUUGUGCCGUGCUUCGCUCCAAGUUGACUCGCCGGUAUGA